UGUGUAGUUUGCCUAACGUAAUGGGGAUGGUAGGGUUUUGUGUUUAUUUCAUAUUGUCUGCUAUAGCACCGUCUGUUGACUCGGUAGGUGUUCGUGAUGUCUGGCCAGACGUUGGCGGUGAAAUUUUAGCCAAAAGCUUUUUACGGACACCUCGUUUAAGCAAAGUUGGACCUAGCUUCCCAGUACCUUUUCAGAUCUGGAGCUUGAUUGAUCUAAGAAGCAGUUUUGAUCUAAGGUUGAUGAAUUCUUCUUGGAGUGGUCCUGCUGAGACUAAUAUCUACCAAAAAGGAGAAUCAGUGUACCUGCAAGUGUUUGCUUCAUCAUCUGCACCAGACCAGGAGCUCUUCAUCCAGUCAUGUUACGCUACACCAUCUUCAAACCCCAUGGAGAAAUCCAGAUCGGUUCUUAUUCUAAACAAGGGAUGCGUAUCUUCUAAACAGUCCGCUAUUGAGUUUGUCUCCAGACAGCGUGAUUCCAUUAACUUGUGCUUGGAUACCUCCAGUCUGAAGUUCUCACAGGUUUACCUACACUGCAGCAUGGUCUUCUCUUCUGCAGUGACCCCAGACACCAAAUCCUGCAACUACAACAAGAACAAUUCCCGCUGGGUUGAAUUGACUGGCCAAACAAGUGUAUGCGAGUGCUGUGCAUCAAAAUGUAAAGGUCCUCCUUCCUAUGGUGAAUUGAAGGCACUUGUGAGUACUGGUCCAUUCACCAUUAAGGAAGAGCAAAAUGAGGAACAAUCACUGUCCAGCUCUUUCAAUGCCACCGCCCAAGUUGGGUCUUCCACAGGAAUGAAUGGGACAGAAUCCAGAACUUUCCCAUCUCCAAUGGAAAAAGGCUGGAUUGUAGGCAGUGCCACUGUAUCUGGAAACUCUAAGAAGAAAGUUCCCUACAGCUUUCCCUGGCUCUCUCAACCUCUGCUGUCAGAGAGCAUCAGGGUUGUGAACCAAGACCCAGCAAGUGCUUUGUUGCCCUGGUUUCCAGGACUUUUUGUAGAUGUUUCACCUGAUCCAAUUCUGAAAAUGGUAAUCGAUAUCCCAGAGCAGAAGAGUUCAGCCGGUUUUGUUGGUGUGUCCAGUCAGGAUGUUGCUCCAAGUGAAAAAGCACACUCUGAGACCACCUCUGAAGAAAAGCAUCAGGAAGCUAAUGAUAGGAAAUCUCUAAUUCCUGAACGUGUAAGUGAAGUUUACACGGCUGACUUGCCUGGUUUAAGGAACGACUGGGAUUUGGGAGGAGAUGAUUCUGCGUUAGAGGGAGGUCACUCACCAGAGGAGGAACUGCGAGGUGACGUGUUUAUGAACUACAAAUGGCCGCAGCACUACGAUCUCCAGGAGGAUAUGGUGCAAGCGGAUGCUUUUGUGUCUCCUCAGAUGGAAAAGCUUCCCGAGAAGCCUCAGGAAAACGAGGUUAAAAAGCUUAAAGGAGAUGAUUUUGCAAAUCCGGGGUACGUGAAGAAAACAUUAACUUUCAGUCAAGCUUCAGACGGAUCCAGGUCUCUCAGCUAUGAGGAAGAAGAAAGGAGUCCGAGCAUGGAUGAGCGGGAGGUCAGGAAAAGUAAGCUGGAGACGGAAUGGAGAAAGGUGGAGGAAGAAGGAAGUCCAAAGGAAGUGGAAAAGGAUCUGAUGCAAUCCUUGCUGGAUAUGGUGAGGGGCUUGAACAAGACGAUGUAUGGUCAGUGAUGUGAAUGUCUGUAUCUAUAACUGACUUCAAUAAAAAUGCUGCAGG